UGUCGCUCGGAGAAUCAAACGGUGCAUGGUUCUCUCGUAUAGCAGCAGUGGUUAACAUCAUUAACAAGUUACAAAGUUUUCAAGUUGAUAACAGUUUGAGCAAGGCGGAACCAUUCAACAGAAGGCAAAGGAUCCCCCUAUCCAACCCACAAAAAUGGUUCAAUCCGUUGCCAAGGUUCCAACUCCAAACCACUUGAUGGACACUUCAGGCACAAGCGAAGCAAAUGCAAACCGAGGACUCUUUAUCCCACAUUCCAUGCUAAUGUGGCAGCUGUUGUGCUCGAAUCUUCCACAUGUGUGCUGACAAACAGCGACGCAUGAGCUAAGUUAAAGUUUCAGCCUUGUCGGUGAAACCAGCUCAACAUUUAGGGCCCUCGCCGCAGGUUUGGGGUGUAGUUGCUUGCAUUACUUGGGAGUAUGUGUUGGCUUAAGUGCUAGCGUGUUAGCCAGGCUGGCCCCAAAGUUGAGUAUUUUUUCCUGUAUGGUUAUUGUGAGAUCGUUGUAGUUAACCCUUGUUAUAACGGCUGUUGUUACGCAUGUCUUGAGGUAGUUGUUCAAAGCGCAGAGCGUAAACAUAUGGUUGGGACUUAGCUAGCUAACUAGGCAUCAUAUGGCUAGUAGGAUUUAAGACAGCCUAUUACAGUAAGAGAAGAGUAGUGAAAUCUGUUGAAACUGAUCAUGUAACAGUUGUCUCUUCUCCUAAAGAGUUGGCGUGCAGAUUGUUUUCGUGCCGAUUGGAAUGCUUGUGGGAAGACACUAACGACAGACGUCUGAACAACAUUGUGGACUGUCGUGAAAGCUAUCUGCCUUUGCUUUUGAGACAACCAUUUACAAAACCAUGCGUACAUUGUGGUCAUCUUUACCUCAGGGUGCAUUUGGGAAUUUAUAUAUCUGAGGAUGUUUUGUCUUUGAGCCAUUUCGAUGUGCCAUCAUCCCUAAGAAAACCCCACAUUUUCUCCUGGGUUGCAUUUGGUAACUUGUGGCCUGAAUAUGGAGAGGGCAUACCUGUAUACAAGUUGCGCACUACAGAGAGGACAUGUCAUUCUCCCUUGGGAUACCAAAAGAAUUAGCCAAAGAAAACUGAAGAAUGAUGACAUUCAUUCCACUCAAGCCUGCCCCUUUAAGAACAUCUGAAGAUGGAGGGGGCACCGGCGGCGCUGCAGGAGAUCAACCAGCAGGGGGCAGCAGCAGUGCUGGAGGAGAUCUCCCGGCGGCUGCAGAAGGAUGGGGUGCCCUCGGACGCCUCCCCGGAGCAGCGGCUGUGCCACCUGUGGGAGGAGCUAGUCCGCAGGGAGGCGGAGCUGCUCUCCUCCUCCGCGGAGCUGCAAACCGUCCGCACACAGCAGGCCUCGGAGAUGAAGGAGGUGGAGAACUAUGUGGAGCACAUUCGUAACCUGCUGGAGGAGCGUGAGUCCCUGACCAGCGAGUACGAACGUGAGAACGACCAGCUCCGCGGAGAACUGGGCCAGCUGAAGCAGCAGCUAGAUGUGCAGCGUAAGGAGGUGGUGGAGAUGUUGGAGCAGGAGGGCUUGGGGGAGAUCGGCCAGAGUAGCUCCAGUGAGCAGGUGGCCUACAUGCUGGUGGAGCGGGCCACACUGCUGGAACGCCUGGAGGCCGCCGAGAGGAAACUCGACACACAGACGCUCACCGGCAGCCUCCGAGAGGUACACCUGCAGGAGGAGCUAGAUCACAUCCGAAACACUAUGGCAGAGGAGCUGAGGCAGCAGCAGGAGAGCGUCCAGCGCACCAAAGACAACAUGAGCAAGGACCCUCAAGGCCAUAGUCCCUGGAGGAAGCUGUUUGGGAUGCGCAAGGAAGCACAGCGGGCUCAUGCUAGUGCCAACGCCCACGGAGAGGAGGUGCUGAAGCAGCGUGAGGAGCGUGUGAGGCUGGAGAGGGACCUGGAGGAGGCGUCGCGGAGGCUCACCAUGGCCCACGAGGAGAUCCGACACCUCACCGACCAGCUGGACUCCUCCUCACGCAAACACAACAACAACAACAACAACCCCGCCCCCAACGCGGCUGAUGUGAUAGAAGGACAGGGACAGGAGGCCACGGAGAAGAAUGAAAGACUGAGUGAGGAGAUCAGAGUCCUCAGAGAGCGCAUCCACAUCCUCGACACAGAGCGCAAAGACCUUCUGGAAAUGGUGGAAAAGGCAAAAUCAGACAAUCAUGGGCCUGAAAAAUCGUCAGAUCGGUCUCCCCGAAAUCUUGGACAGGCUGGUGAUACAGACGAAGUACAUGCCCAGUCAUCUGACAAUCAGGAAGUUCACAAAAGGUGCCGGCGUGAGUGGGAGGACCAGGAGUGUCGUCUGCGGGAGGUGCAGAGGAGGCUGGUGAAGCUGCAGGGGGAACAUGAGGAGCUGGUGGAGCGCAACGAGGAGCUGGAGGCCCUGCUGGGGGAGGAGCAGAACUGCAGCAGGCAGGAGCAGGACCGGCACGAGGGGGAGGUGGAGGGACUACGCAGGAAGAUCAAAAGCCUGGAGACCGAAGCGAGCCAGAGGGAAUCCCUAAUGGCAUCUACAUCUACAGAGGAAGGGAGUGGCAGCUCUCAGCACGGGGAGAUGUCUGGGGAGAGGGUGACUUUCCUGCAGGGUCGCCUGGAGGAGGAGAAGACUUGGAGGAAACAGCUGGAGACGGACCUGAUCACCGCACAGACGUCCCUCAGGAAAGAGAAGGAGACUCUGCAGAGGAAUCAGGAAGAGCUGGCGUCCCUGAAUUCAGAGGUGCAGUCAUUACGGGCGGAAUGUCAACAGGCCAAAGCUCUAAACCUGGCACUGGGCCGAGUCAGAGGAGAGAAGGAAGUUCUGGAGGACAAGGUAGCGCAGCUGGAGCGAGCCCACGGCCGGCUGAAGAGUGAGCUGUCCAGCCAGGUGGAGAACAGCUCUGCCCAUAAGGACCUGCAGGAGAGCAGAGGGCAGGUGGCCGAGCUCACCGCACAGCUGGAGAAGCAGAGGGCACAGCUGACCAGCCUGGAGAAGGAGCACACAAGACUCAAGAAUGAGAUGACGGAGAGGAGUCGGCAGGUGCUGGAGCUCCAGGGCGAGCUGAGUAAGGAGGCCCAGCUGAGGCUGCAGGCGGAGGGGGAGAGACAGCGCCUGGGCCUGGAGCUGCAACACCUCCGGGACCAGCAGCAGCAGCACCAACAACACAAACAGCAGCAGCAGCAGCAGGAGGGUGGAGGCAGGCAGGAGCAGGUCUGCCUGGAGGGCAGGAGGCCCAAGCCAGAGGGGGAGCCCUGGCCGAGGCCUGCCUUUGGGGACGGCCCUCACGAGCAAGGAGGCAGUCAGCUGACGUGUCUGAAACUGGAGAUGAGCCGCUUGCAGUGCCGCCUGGAGGAGGAGAGGGAAGUGGCCCGACAACACCAGCUGGCUCUGCAGGCCCAGGUCAACCAGGCGCACGCACGCUCAAAGUCCCAGGAUUCAGUUCUGCAGCAGAAGACGGAGGAGAGCAAGCAGCUGAAGCAGGACCUGGUGCGGACCCAGACGCUGUUCACCUCGGCCGAGCGGGAGCUGCGCUACGAGAGGGAGAAGAACCUGGACCUCAAGAAGCACAACGCCCUGCUCGACCAGGAGAAACUCAAGGUCUCUGCGGAGCUGCGUCAGGCCCUGGCCAAGCUGAGCCAGGUGGAGCAGAGUGAUCGGGGGCGGGGCCUGGAGGUGGAGCGUCUUCAGCAGAGGAGUCGAGAGUUGGAGCUGCAGCUGGCACGCACCUCUCAGAGCCGCCACUCCACCUCCAGCCUGCAGGAGGAGCUGUGCGCCGAGAGGAGCCGCCUCAUCGCAGCCGACAAGAAGGUGUUGGAGCUGCAGCAGCAGUUGAAGAGCAGUCUGCACCAGCUGCGGCUUGAGGAGGCGCGCAGCGGGGAGACGUCCAAGCUGGAGCGGGAGAGCAGGGACCUGGCAGACAGCCUGUCAGCCCUCCGCGCACAGCACCACGAGGAACAGCUGCAGAGGAAGCUGGUGGAGCAGCGGGAGGAGGAACUCCAGCAGCAGCUGCGCUCUCUGAGGACCAAAGAGGCCGCCCUGAGCCGCAGCGCCUCCGAGCUCACGCAGCGCCUGCAGCAGAGCGAGACACGCCUCCACGUGCUGGAGACCGAGCACGCCGCCGCCAAACAGGAACUGCGUGUGCUUCAGCAGGAGUGUGUGGCCCUGAGGCAGCAGUUGGCCUCCAGUCAGCAGGACUGCGAACGGCUGCAGGAGGAACUCACGCAGGCCAUGAAGCAUCUCGACUCACACAUACGCAAGUACAAUGAGAAACAGUGCCAGUACAAGUCCAGGCUGUACAAAGCCAAGCAGGUGUACACCAGAGCCACUUCGCAGCGGGACAGAACCAUCCAGAAGCUCCACAGUGACGUCAUUCUCGCCAACGGCCUGUCUGAGAGAGAGCAGGAGCGUGUGCGUCAGGUGACUGUGGAGAAUGAGAAGCUGCUGCUGGAGAGGAGGGAGCUGCUACAGCGCGUCGCCGAGGCGGAGGAGGCCCUUAGCAACGGCCUACGCAGCGCCAACACCGCCCAACACAGGGUGAGCAUCCUGGAGGUGGAGAAUCGGCAGCUGCAGGAGAAGACGCUGCGCCUGGCCCACCAGGUGGGCACCCUGGAGCGGGGACUGAGGACCGCCCACACCACCUGCAGCCUGGAGGACUUGAAGAAAGUGAUCCCUGCAGACAGUGACGUCCUUCUCCAAACGCCUGGAUCAAGUCCAAAGCCUGGCCUGGGUGACCCCCUGAGCCUCCUGGAGUCCAUCCGUCGGGUGAAGGUGGUGGACCACCUGGAUAGCCUGCGAUCCUCCCUCUCUGUGGCUUUCCCACAGCCCUCCGACCUCAGCUACCUGAACGUGACCUCCCCCGACGGCGCCCAGAGCUCCCCCGCUGGCCAGGAGGAGAACAACAACAUCAACAACACGGCCACUGAAGACACCUGACGCCUGACGGAUCUCAUUCAUGCGAAGAGAGGCGAAAUUCAGUGUUCUAUUCUGACGGCUAAACAGUCAUCAGGUCGUGGCGGCCAAUCAAAAUGAUUGAAACUUUUGUGUGUUUGAUUUUGAUUGGCCACUGAACAGGAAGAGAACAUCAACAAACAACAUGGCCACUGAAGACACCUGAGCUGCUUGUACAGGUCCAUUCGUAUUUGGACAGCGGCACUCCUGCAAUCCUCAUCUUCAUGGCUCUGUAAUACACCACCACAAUGGAUUUGGAAUGAAACAAACAAGACAUGCGUUCUACUGCGGAUUUUCAGCAUUAAUUUAAGAGUAUUUCCAUCCAAAAUCCCAUAAACAGUGUAGAGAUGACUACAUUGCCUGAAGCACUGGUGGCUCACAAAUGCAAGAGCCAAGAAAGAGACAUUUGAGGUACAUAUUAUAUUGUAUUGUCUGUCUAGACACAGUCAGUCGAGCCCAACCUGUGGAUGGUCCCAGAAAUAUUUGGCUUGUGAUGACAAUGAGAGGGAGAGACUAUGAGAGAGAGGCUCACUGAGAGGAGGUUUAUAAAGGAAUGCAACUUGGAAAAGGGAAGUCACUUGCACUCUACCGUUCUUGGUGCUCCCAGUUCAGGACGGUAGACAAGAGAAAGCAAACUGCUCCACUUCAGAAAGACUAGGCCAGGGAUGACUGGAGCACUCUGAUACUUUUUAGUUGUUUUAUUGUGGUGCAAGGUGUUUAUAGGGGUUUAUAAAUGUGUGGCUCAUGAGAAAGAGUUUAGUCUGGCUUUGCCAUCUGUAAAGUCCUGUUAAUUUACAUGUCCUUCCCUGUUGUGUCUGGGACUGGUCUUCUGGGAGGAGUUUAUUCUUGUUUAUAGACAACUGGCCAAUCAGCGAACGGGAGAGGGACGGACGAGGGACGGGACGAACAACGAUGCAUUGCACACGAGCAUACGCGUACGUGUCACACCCAAAGCCGGUUAGUGUUUGGGUAAAACCAGACCUUUCCAAUUUCAAAUUUCAGCGGAGUUCACCCCUCCCACUAGUUACCAUUUCUCAAUUGGGCUGUUCUAGACCCUCUGUGUGAAAGACAUUAGUAUGAGGGGUAAGGUAAGGUAUGGUGGGGUCAGCCGUGGCCUAGUGGUUAGAGAGUUGGUCUUUCAAUCUAGGGGUUGCCGGUUAAAAUCCCCCCUGACCUCUCCCUACACCUCCAUCCAUGGCUGAAGUGCCCUUGAGCAAGGCACCUAACCCCACAUUGCUCCAGGGACUGUAACCAAUACCCUGAAAAAUAAUAGUUGUGAGUCGCUUUGAACAAAUGAAAGCGUCAGCUAAGUGAAAUGUAAUGUAAUGUAAUGUAAUGGUAAGACCAGUCUAAAGAGAGUUGCUCUGGUACCACAACAUCUGCUGCAAAUGUCAGGCUGGGUUUUUGCGUAAAACAAAGACCGUUUUCAGGUCAAAGAUGUUUUAUAGGUCACAUGAGGGAAGCUGCUGUGAUUGGGUGGAAAGAUUAGUGUUUUUUUGUUUUUUGUUUUUUUUUACUCUUUCCGCAGUCAAUGUUCCAAUAUUGUCAUGGUUAUGGCUCUUAAUAGUGACUUCAGACUUUUUUUAGGGUUUUUUUUUCCCCAUGUGGUCUGUGUGUUUUCCUCGGUUGCUAAGGCAGAGCGUAGUACGUGCUCCUGGGACUCCUAUUGGCAGAGACGUUUGGCCCUGACCAGGGUUGCCAGAUGAGACUGAUGAUUUCCAGCCCAAAAAAAAGUUCAAAACCCGCCUGGAAGCACUAAAUCCCGCCCAAUUUGAACUAAAUUCUAUUGAUUUCUGUGGCCGUUUCAGCAGGAAGAACCCGCCCAAAUGCCACUUUUACCCGCAGACAUCCAUCUUAAGCAGCCCAAUUGGGCGGAAAACUGCCCAAUCUGGCAACCCUGUUCCUGCCUGCCUGCUGCUUGGGCCUUUGAAUCAUAUGCUAGUAAUAACCUCAAAGAGGGCCUUACUUGGGAAAGGAAACAUUUUACAUGUGCGCAAAACUUUCCUACGAGGGACAAAACCUUUUCACUGUGGUGUUUUUUUCUGUUCUGAUUUACUUUUCAUUUGCAUUUCGUUCCACAGGGAGAGAGUGUAAGGCACUUUUUGUAUUUUAAAAGAACCCUUUGUAGCUAUUUUUGAGGACUUGUGAUGAUGAGCAGAUGAGGACUUGAGGACUUGUGAUGAAAUGUGUUGGAAAUGUCAUACAUGUAGAAGCACCUGGGUUUACGCAUGAGAUUUGUUUUUGUACGUGUCUUUUCAGAGUAGCAGCAGCACCCACAGCAAUGUAAUUGAGGUGGACAUGAGACGUAUUUCAGCUAAUUUCAUCAGGAGGUUGUAAGCAGGCUAGAUCUCGAGCCACGUGCUUUUUUUUUUUUAGUAAAGAUUGCAGUCCAGCAAAGAUAUGCAGACUGCACAGCUCGCUCACUCACACAAUUUGCGUGCAAGAAACCAAAGGAAGAAGAAAUGUAGAACACAAGAUGCUAGAGUGAAUGAGGAGACCAAUAGCAUUUCAGCAAGUGGUUUCUCAACUCUGUGGUUUGGUGAGCUUCAGCUCAGUUAGAGGUGUGCAGUUUGUGUUCUCAUUUCUCAACCACUGUCUGUCUCACAUAUCUGCUUUUUUUUAAACAAUAGAAAAAAAAAGUCCAAUGCCAUCGUCUUAUAAAAUCAAUUAUUUAUGUCAGUAUAAUUUCUGAUUUUUAGAUUGUAUAUACUUGUUGUUGGUACAAUGUUAAAAGGGAGCCUGAAAACGUUUUGGGAGCUGUACUAUACAGACUGUUUGUAGUUUUCAGACAUGUUUUACCUGACACAACAUGUUGUGUCUGGGAUUGUAGCAUCAGAUAAAAAUGAUUGUGAUGAUGAUGAGUGCAAUGGGCAUUCCACGGGUUCCUUCUUUGGUACCAGUCAAACAAUCAAGCCUGUGGGUACAGCUGCGUGCCACGUCUCCAACACCAGUAGUGUUUGCACACUAAGGGUAUUUUCACACCUCAGACCUGUGACAGCAUUUUCUGUACAUACUGUAUGUGAACGCCCCAAAGUGUACCCAGCCAGACCGCCUCGGAAGUGAGCCAUUCUGAGACCUUUGUUGACUUGGUCUCAGUACAGUUCACUAAGGGUAUUUUCACACCUAGUCCCCUUCAAGUGAACCAAACUCAGUCCCCUUCAAGUGGACCAAAAAGUGAACCGACACAGCAAAAUAAUUCAGUUCUGUUUUUUGAUCUUACUGGGAAAAGUGAAAAAGUGCAGAAUUGUGACAAGAUGCGAUGUUGAAAAGCUCAGCUGUGAUGUUGAGUACAGUAGAUAGACAUGUCAUCCUUAAUUCCUAGCUCGUAAUUAUGACACAUGUCUAUGUAAAUGUUGUCGAAAAAUGGUCCCUCCGGGGGGCACAGCAACCUGUAGCCUAGGCCCCAGGCCAUCUUAUUACGUCACUGUGCCCAAAUAUAUGCCCAGUAGCACCACUUAGGCUCCUGAGGCGAGACAGACUGAUUGUUGAUUGUUAAACUGAGCAUGAGAAGGAAGUGAUAAAACCACUAGGGGAAAGCACGGCUGUGUCAGAGAAGAUUGAAGAGUGUACUGUGAUGCGUGUCCUUGUUUGCAUUGAAUGUUUAGCAGCCUUUUUUGUACUAACUUAUAAAACAGGAACGAAAGAUCAGGAAGUUUUUCACAUUGGUAAUUAUUAAAUCGUUCUUGUUGGUAUGGAACAAAACCUUUGCCCGCUUGUGAAACGAGUUAAGUGAGAAUAUUCUUGCAUAGUCUUGCAAUGUAGUGAAUGCAUUUAAGCUACAGUACCCUACUGCUUCCAUGAAAUGGAUAGGGUGCUGCUACAGACACAGAAUAAUUUCUGGAUUCAUGCGGAAUAUUGUCAGUAUUUGUUUUUAAACAAGUUCCGGAGUAUUCCAUUUACAUGUGUGGAACAGCAUUCUGCAACCGGUACUUACUCGAAAACACAUUCGGAAUGAAUUAAGAAUUUAUAUAUGACUUGUGCGCGCACAGAAUAUUGCCACCAUUCCGUUUGAAAACGGUACACCAUAUUCCCUGCAUGUAAUUGCCAUUGGGUGCUAUUCCGAUUCAAGAGCUAAUGGACAUCGCAGCCCUCUGUUGUGUAAGGGAUUGAUUGUAGGGAGUGUUUUUGCAAUGCAGUGCACCCUGAAAAAAAACAUUUUGUACCAAUGUGACAACCAAAAGAGCUAUAUGAUGUCAAAUCAGUGAGCCCGUUAACAUUACCACAAUUAAUCGGGUCAUUGGAGUAAACUGCUUAUUGUCGUUUACAUGCAGUCUGUUGGUUGCAUGUGUUCCACUCAAGUGUGUGACACCAGCCAGGAAUUCAAAGCUUGUGAUUGGCUACUUACUAUUCUAGAAUGUCAAUAACCCGAUAAUAGCCGGUUUAAGGUGUCGACAUGUCUUGAGAAAUCAGUUUAUUAGUCAAAAACCAACCUUUGCAAAUCGACUUUCUCAUAAACCGAUUACGGCAAUAAACCUUUUACUAUAAACUGUUUAUUCCAUAUAUAUGUGCACUUGAAUGAACCACUUACUCCACUGUUAGUUAAUUGGUGUGCACUGCAUAUAAACAGUCUCAGUGUCUUAUGGCUGUUUUAUUUCUUUAGGGUAGUCUCAUUUGAGGCUGGUGCCUCUUCUUCAAGUGAGCCCUGACCUCCUUACGUAUGUCCAAAGGUCAUCAUGCCAACCAAGCUUUGAAGGCACACCAUGAGAAACCACUACUUGCCACUGUUGCGUUUGUGUUCAUUGAUGGCACAUUACUCAUUGACGUGUGUACACUGUUGCGUUUAUUGGGAAUCAGAUUUUACAAAGCAAUAAUGUUUGAGAGACUGUGAUUUUUUUUGGUCUGUUGUAUUACAAUAUAGUUUAUUGUAUGUUUUGUCCAAAGUGUUUCAAUAAAAUCAUAGUAUCUGUCA